ACCCCAGGGAGACCCCUGCUCGCUCCAGCUCACCACUCGCUCUCACUGGCCAGCACCCUGGGGAGACCCCGGCUCACCUCGGCCUGGCUGCACAGGGGGUGCUGAGAUGUGCAGUUUGCUCCACUCUAACUCUUGGCGUUGGGGUUUUUUGGGCAGCGCCUGGCCCCGUGGGGCACCUCAGCUUCAGCGACAUCCUGGACACGUCGCUGAAGGUCAGCUGGCAGGAGCCCCUGGAGAAGAACGGCAUCCUGACCGGCUACCGGAUCUCCUGGGAGGAAUACAACCGCACCAACACACGGGUGACGCACUACCUGCCCAACGUCACCCUGGAGUACCGCGUCACCGGCCUCACCGCCCUCACCACCUACACCAUCGAGGUGGCCGCCAUGACAUCCAAGGGGCAGGGCCAACUGUCCUCCUCCACCAUCUCCUCCGGGGUCCCUCCAGAGCUCCCCGGCGCGCCGACCAAUCUGGGCAUCUCCAACAUCGGCCCGCGCUCCGUCACGCUCCAGUUCAGGCCGGGCUACGACGGGAAGACCUCCAUUUCCCGCUGGCUGGUGGAAGCUCAGGUGGGUCAGAUCGGCGAGAACGAGGAGUGGGAGCUUAUUCACCAGCUGGCCAACGACCCCGAUGCCCGCUCCAUGGAGGUGCCCAACCUCCACCCGUACAUGUACUACAGCUUCCGCCUGCGGCAGGUGAACAUCGUGGGCACCAGCCCGCCCAGCGUGCCCUCCAGGAGGAUGCAGACCCUGCAGGCUCCCCCGGACGUGGCGCCCGCCAACGUCACCCUGCGGACGGCCAGCGAGACCAGCCUGUGGCUGCGCUGGAUGGUGAGUGACCACGGGGCGCGUCCUGGAAACCCCAGGCCUGUGCCCACCCCCUGCCCGGGAUGGGCACUGCCACCACGUCUACCCGGGGCGCUCCCUUGGGUGGGGAGCCGGGAAUGA